AUCUGGUGAAAAGCUGGAAAGCAGCAUUUAUGAAACCAAGCAAUUAAAAUCAAAUUUUUUACAGCUGCAAACUCUAUUUAAACCACUGCACUCAGUGUCCAACCACUGCAUUGGAGCAUUUUUCUCACCAAUGGCUUUCAAAGCUACGCUGCUGUUUGUAUUGGCAACUUCUCUGCUAGUUUCAACGACUGUUGCUUCCAAUGAGGUGGGGGAGAAGAAUGAGAUUAAGGCUGCUGUCCCGGUGAAGCCUCCCACUGUAGCACCACCAACAAAGUCCCCUACUCCCCCGUAUAAACUUCCAACCCCAGCACCACCAGGCAAGGCCCCAACUCCACCGUAUAAGCCACCGUCUCCAGUACCAGCAGUCAAGCCCCCUACACCACCAUAUAAGCCACCAUCUCCAGUACACCCAACCAAGGCCCCAACUCCACCAUAUAAGCCCCCGUCUCCAGCACCACCAGUCAAGGCCCCAACACCACCGUAUAAGCCACCGUCUCCUGCACCACCAGUCAAGGCCCCAAAACCACCGUAUCCUGCACCACCAGUCAAGGCCCCAACUCCACCGUAUAAGCCACCGUCUCCUGCACCACCAGUCAAGCCUCCUACCAUACCAUAUAAGCCUCCGACUCCUGCACCAGCACCAGCACCCCCAACCAAAGCACCAACUCCACCAUAUAAGCCGCCUACCCCAGUGCCUCCAGUUAAGCCCCCUACACCACCAUACAAGCCACCGACAACUCCUACACCUCCUUACAAGCCACCAAGUCCACCAUUGCCGCCUGUUAGGACAAGAAAGGAUUGCAUCCCAUUAUGUGGACAACGGUGUAAAUUACAUUCGAGGACCAACCUCUGCUUGAGAGCUUGUGUCACAUGCUGCGACAGAUGCAAAUGUGUUCCACCAGGGACUUAUGGCAACAGAGAAAUGUGUGGCAAAUGUUACACCGACAUGAGAACCCACCGCAACAAGCACAAGUGUCCUUGAAAACCCAAGACGACGUCACUUCUCGAUGAUGCUUUCAUAUAUGUAAUAGCAAAUUGCUUGCUUGUAAUAAGUUUUGUGAGAAUGGGUAAAAUGAAUGGUUUUCUUGUUUAAUGUA